AACACUAUUGUCAAAAGUUGCCGAUGUUUCAUUGUCAGCUCGCUGUCAUUUCUUGUUAAAUUAUUUUAGCGGCGUUUUGUCUGGAAACGUGUUUCUUUUGCUCACACGUGUUUGAUCAAGUUUUCUUCAGGUUUUUAAUACAUUUCAAUUCAUUUCUUAGGUAAAUAAAAUGGCUGAUGUUGCUGAUAUUCCCGUUGAAGAAGUGAAAAAUGGUGCGGCCGAAAAAGCCGAAGAAGUAGGCACGGAAAAACCUACGGUCACUGCAGAUGAACUCAAGAAAGACGCUGCAGAAGAAGUCAAAGAAGACAGCACAGAGGAAAAAAGCGAUGUUGCAGAAGAGGGCAAGAAGGAAAGUUCCGAAGAUGAAAAGACCGUUGACCCAACACUGACCAAACAAGAACGCGCUAUUAUACGCCAGGUAGAAUACUACUUCAGCGAUGCUAACUUACGCCGUGACAAAUUUCUGUUGGAGCAGAUCUCCAAAGACGAAGAGGGCUGGGUACCUCUUUCAGUCUUAUUAACAUUCAAACGUUUAUCAUCUCUGAGUAGCGAUCCAAAUGUGAUCAUUGACUCGCUUAUCAAGUCAGAUGAAGGUUUAUUAGAGAUUAGUGAAGAUAAGGAGAAGCUGCGCCGUCACCCGGAGCGUCCCAUUCCUGAACACAAUGAGGAACAACGCAAGGAAGUGCAAUCACGUACCGCUUAUGCUAAAGGUUUUCCAUUGGAGACCACCAUGUCCGAGCUGAUUGAUUUCUUCGCACCUUACGAGAAGGUGCUGCACAUUACCAUGCGCAAGUACCUAGACAAACCCAGCAAAACAUAUAAAUUCAAAGGCAGCGUAUUUGUUACAUUCGCGAAGAAGGAGCAAGCGCAAGAGUUCAUCGAGAAAGAGAAGGUUCAAUAUAAGGAACGUGAACUUCUGCGCAAGUGGCAAGAUAAGUAUUAUGAAGAUAAAAAAGAGGAGACCAAGUCUAAAUCAAAGAAGGGCAAAGCAAAAGCAGAGGAGGAAAAGUUACAACUGCCCAAGGGUACCGUUGUAUAUUUCGAAAAUUGCACAGACGUCGUAACCCGCGAACUGUUGCGUGAAGCUGUAGAAAAGGUUGAAGGAAAUUGGGAAAUCUCUUAUAUAGACUAUAGCAAAGGCGACAAGACAGGCCAUAUCCGCUUUUCGGAUGAAAACAAUGGAUCUCAGUUCCUCGAGAAAUUGACUGAUAAAAAGCUAAAAUUGAGUGAUGACUUGGAGCUGGUGUUGCGCACACUCGCCGAAGAGGAAGAGAAGACUUAUUUGGCUAAGGCUGUUGAGCAAAUGAAGAGUCGACGAAAUCAUCACAACAAGAACAAGUUCGGGCACGGCAACCGCAAGCGUCGUGGCGGUCAUGACAAUCGCAAUGACGAGAAGCGAAGGAGAUCUUAAGCAAAAUUCUGCAAAUGAAGUAAUGCAGAUAAUUUUUAACAAAUGGCUCGAAACGGUCAUGGCAAUGUUAUAUUUAUGUGCAUAAUUAUAUGUAAAGUUUAAGUAAAUAGCAGUAAUGUAAAGUCAUACGCGAGUAUAUGAGACGUACGAAAAUCUUGACGCAUACACAUUUUCCACUUUUUAAUUCAAAAAUAUAAGAAUUCAUAUAUUUUUCAACAUUGUGUGCUUCGUGAAUGUUGGUGUGUCAACCGAAAUUAUUUGAAAAUAGACUUAGAUUUAAAGAAUCACCAAUAUUUGAAAAUAUUAUAAAGAAUAUUUUUUAUCAAAAUAUAUAUAUAUGCAUAACAAUUUAAUACAUUCGCAUGUAUUUAACGACUGGCUCGAAUUGGCCAAAGUAUAAUAAAACAAACAAAAAUCAAACAAAAUGUUCCACAAAGCUA